AUGCCAGCAGUUGAACCUGAUCAAGACGGAUUUGUUGUUGUCGAAAAGGCUUUUAAGUACAAGGCAACAGAUCGCAAAAAGAAAGGAAGAGGAAAACGGAAUGAGAAGAACAAGCAUGUGUUUAAGGACUAUGACGAUUGGACUAUUGAUGACAUCAAGUCCACUCUUACUCAGCGAAAAGAAACAUUGAUUGAGAAUAUAUUUGAUGAACAUCUUGUUCCAACUGGUCCUCAUGACAUUAUCUGUUAUGGCAUUGGAUCUAUGCAAAAAUCAAAAAAUGCGCAAUAUCAAUUUGAAUUGGCACUCUUGAUCCGUGAAUUGUUAAAGAUUCCAGGAAAGAUGUACAUUUAUGAUCCAGUCAUGACAGAUCUUGAUAAAAAGGUCUGCAACGAACAGGAAAUUGAAAUUAUUGAAGAAAAUGAAGAAGGCAAGCGAGUUGUAACCAAGCCUACUCUGUUUUACAUGCCUCAUUGUGGAAGAGGCCUUUACAGCAAUACCUUGAGUGUAAAUUGGAACCAAGAGAAUCUACAGAACAUUACACUUAUCGGAAAUAGAUUCGAUAUGUACGUUGGAAGUCAAUUGGAUAGAGACUUGAAGAGAGAAUGUCCUUACCUUAUCCCAGCGGUUGAGAUCAUCGAGACUAUAUCAUUUCCAAAAGAAUUCGACAACAAUCAGAUCUUUAACGAUCUCUCGAUACAGAAAUUUAUUAACACAAAGAUGUCUGCAAAAGAUAAGAAGUUUUGGGAUCCUAUACCCAUCAGUACUCCAAAAUCUGAUAGCGACACGAUACAAGAAUAG